AUGGCCGCAUUGGCGGAAAAGGACAGGGGCAAUGCCUCCUUCAAGAGCAGCAAUUUUGAACAGGCCUUGGCGAGCUAUACCAAGGCCCUUGUUUUGCUUGGCUUCAGAAAGUCCACAGACGGUGAGAAAGGCAUUUUUCCCCAAACGUCUCAAGAAUUUCCAAAGAGAAGUUUGGAGCUUUCAAUGGCGCUGCUCAGCAAUCGCAGCUUGUGUUUCUUGAAGCUGGGGCACACGCUUGAUGCCAUUGCAGACGCAGAAGAAGCAGUCAAUCGCAUGGACUUUACCGCUGGAACUCCGACCAACAUUCCCGCGUUUGUGAAGGCCAAGCAUCGGCUGGCCACUGCGCUCAUGCGGGCGGGGCGUUUCAAGGAGUCCUUGGGCCACUUGGAUGCCAUCGACCAAUUGAAUGGGAACCGCACUGCGACAAUUGAGUUGAGGGGAGUCAUCAAGAGCCUGCGCCAGAACUGUUCAGCAGCAAACUCUGGGUAUUCCACCUUGACGGAGCACUUGAAGGAGCUGAAGACUGGUCUUAUGCAAGACCUCCUAGUGACAGAUGCAGAGGCAGGUUGGUUUGUCAUUCGAGAACAUUUUUGCAACUAUCCGUUGCUCUUCCUCCUGGAUAUGCCUGACCUGCGCAAGCGCAUGCUGAAGCUGCCUGGGAAGAUGUUGAACUUGAUGGCCAUGGUUCAGCGGGCGCAGGAUCCGUUGAAUCCGUACACGGGUGGGAAGAUGACUAGCUUCAAUGUGAGUAAGCUGGAGGGCAUGGUUGAGAAUGCAUACCUUCAGUCCGAGAAUGAGCGGGAACAGCGUCAGGCUGUCCUCAAUCUAGCAGCCAAUUCCCAGACAGGGGCAUCGGCUGAAGCCUUUGCAAGCGAAUUGGGGGUGAGUUUGGAGGAUCAUCCCGAACAGGAAGAAGUACACCAACAGCUAAUUCUGCUGAUGCGCUUCAUCCUGGCCUAUUUGCAACUAGAUGACUUUCAAUGGGACGCAGCCAAAAGAACGUUGCAUCGUUUGAUAUUCCAUGUCACAGUUCAUCCGAAAGCUCCGAAGUAUUUCCCGGAUCACAUCAAUCGAACAAAGAGUCCGGAAAGGACAGAUUUCAAGAAUCCCUACCUUGGCUCACAAGAAUUGGACAUCGUCGCUUUCCCAAAAUGGUACUUGGCUGAAUUGCAGCACCUCCUAGCACUUUGUGAAUGUGGGCGUGGAGAUUUCCGAUCCUGCCAAAGAGCCAUCGAGUGCUACUUCGACCUUGUUCCGAGAACUUUUCAAGACAGGAACUCUGAAAGUGCUCUCUUCUUAAAGGCGUGGGCAGAGCUAAAACCUCUACAACUGGAGCGGCCCAGAGACUUUGCCCAGAUUCGAGAACAGCGAAGAAAGGCUUUACUGAAAGAGACGAUGCCGAUUUGGAAAGCUCUAGAGGCUUCAUACAGCAAAGAUUGCGCAGGGGCGUUUGACACAGAGACAUGGGUGGAGGCACGCUUCUAUCAUGACCUUGGCUUUAACCCUUUACCAGAGUCAUUUCAGGAGAUCCAAAACAAUCUGCAGCAACAACGGAAGAUGCAAAUGCCCAGUUUUGGUGAUGACGACCCCUUUGAGUCCUUCCAGAAUUUGGAGUUCUUCGUUGGCCGGGCAGCGGACGUCACGGUUCGCUUCCACACGUCCAGCGAGGAGAAGGCUCGAGACUCUCGACGAGGUCGAGCUCCGAGCAACUUCGGGGCCUUUCGUGGGCAAGGUGCCUUCGCGAUGCCUGAUAUGGAGAACGAGUUGUAUGAAAUGCAGCAGAAGCUGUUUGCCUCAGUGCUUGGAGCUUUUGGACCACGUGGAGGUGGACUCUUUGGAGGGGCGCCUGCAGAUUCAGAGGAAGAAGAUGAAGAAGAGGAGGAAGAGGAAGAAGAGGAGAAAGAGGAAGAGGAGGAAGAGAACAGUCAACCCUUGCGGUAA